GGGCUGGGCGUGCAUCUGCCGCGCCAUGGCGGCGCUCGGCGCCUACCGCUGCAUCGAGUGCAACGAGGAGGCGACAGAGCUGUACCGAGACUACCAGCGCGGGGUGCUCCGUAUCUCCAUCUGCAAAUCCUGCCAGAAACCUGUGGAUAAAUACAUUGAGUAUGAUCCUGUUAUCAUCUUAAUUAAUGCCGUUUUAUGCAAAGCACAAGCAUACAGACACAUUCUUUUCAAUACAAAGAUAAAUAUUCAUGGGAAGCUCUGCAUAUUUUGUUUGCUCUGUGAAGCUUAUCUCAGGUGGUUGCAACUACAAGAUUCAAGCCAAAAUACAGAUCCUGAUGACUUAAUCAGAUAUGCCAAAGAAUGGGAUUUUUAUAGAAUGUUUGGCAUAGCUUCUUUAGAACAAACUUCAUUUUUCAUUGGCAUUUUUAUUACCUUGUGGUGGAUGACACCUGAGAUGCUGAAAAGAAAGUCUGACUUCAUUUUACUUCUCAAAGCACUGCUGUUGUCCACAUAUGGAAAGCUUCUGCUAAUUCCAGCUGUUAUUUGGGAGCACGACUACACACCUUUGUGCCUUGCAUUUAUAAAAGUGUUUGUCUUGAUAUCAAACUCUCAGGCAAUUAGAGUUACAUUGAACUUGAACCGAAUACUCCCUUGGUUUGCCAUCUUCUUUGGAUUAAUUUUGGAAAAUGGUGUGGUCUGCUUGUUCCAGAAAAUGGGAUGGGAUGUUUGAAAUGUCAGCCCAGUGAAGAAAUACCAACAACAUGAUGAUAAUUUUUUAAGAAUUAUCUCUGCCAGCAGGCUCCAAAAACACUGUUUUCAUAGGGAUAAAGAAGGUGAUUGAUAACAAAAAAAUGUUAGAAGUUUGGCUAUUUACUGUGCCGAGCCAUGAAACUUCAGCCUUAGGUUGUUUAUUUUCCAUUAAAAAUAUGAGUGUCUCACUAUCCUAACAGUUUUAUAAAUCUGGCUGCAUAGCUGUGGCUGUAAGAGGAAAGGUACACUAAAAAAACCCAGCCCUGCUACCAAUCAGUGCAUUUUGGCAGAGAGAGGAGGAUGAAUUGUUCCCUUAAGAGGAAGGGAGUCAGUGGAAAAAUGUAAAAGCCAAAAUUUAUAUUCCCGCAAAACCAGAUUUUCAAAGAGAAAAGUGAACAUUUGCAAAUAGUUUAUUAGAGAAAAGGCAAGUAUUUCAGAGUGGAACUACUAUGGGAAAACCAAGCUGCAUUCUCUGGAAUGUUUGUGUAGCAAUCCAAAAUAAUAACAUUUCUAGUUCGAGAGUAAUCUCUAGGAAUGAUAGGUUUAAACUGGCUUGAAAUUUUGUGUGAUCUCAUAAAUGCUGCUUUGUUCUGAAAGCUGAAGAGAGAGUGAAAGGACUGAUCCCCAACAUGCAGGGUUGUUUGGGAUACUGCUGCUUCUGCAUUUAAGUCAUCUCCCAUGCCCAGUCCUCAUCUGGCUGUACAUUUAGUGCAAGCAAAAACUGAAAAAACUGACAUGAGGCCAUACAGCAAUAGAGUCGUAUUUUAAAAAGAAACAAACAAACAAAAAUGUUUAAGCCUAAAUUAAUGAAGAAACAUUUAAUCUUCUUCAACGGCAAGCAAAAGGAGAGCUAAGUGGCCCACAAAGGAACUGACAGAAUCAGUUUCCACAAGACAGUAAUAAGGACAAAAACUCACUUUUGUGCAGACCAGUUUCCAUUUGUUCCAUCCAAUAUUUAACUCUCCUUGAGUUCUGGAAGGCUGUACUAUCCAUAGGGAUUACUUCCAUUCUUUGUUUUCCUCAGAUACUGUCUCAUGUCUUGUGCUUUCCAGAAUGCAUCAAAAAGCAUUUUGCAACAUCCAAGUUGCAAAUUAACAUUCAAGUUAAUCCCCAACAGGUUUAGAGCAAGUCUAGAUUAUGACCACAGAAGACAUCAAACAUGUUUGUCUGAUGGAACUGCCCAUGCUAUGCAAGUUACUUGAUCAGAAAAGCAAAUGGUUGCUGAUUCUUUUAUUAAAUCAAAGGCUGACAACACUUUUGUCGUUUGUGUUACACUUUGCAACGUCCUGAGCCUGUCAGAGAAAGCAAAAAAACUCAAAUUGCAACAUUUUAAAGUAUGGGACUCUUGAUUUGAUUGGUAAUGAAUUAAUUUCCCCAAGUUAAAUCUGUUUUGUCCAUGACAGUAACUGGUGACUAAACUCUCCCCAUCCUCAAUCUCGACCCAUGAGCCUUUCCUUUUACUUUCUCUCCUGUGCCUGUCUGAGCAGUGACAGAACAGCUUUGGUGAGCAUC